CUGCCUUCACUGCGCAUCUAGCAAACUGACUCCCUCACUUUCUUUCCGGUUCUCUCUUUUUCUGGCCCCCAAAACGCCAUCCCCAUCUUCAAAUCCUCUGCUUCCAUUGCUCCUUUCCAUCUUUCAAAUCCAUUUCAGAUUUCACCAUCUCUGAAACUCUCUCCUCUCUCCCCCCUCUCUCUCUCUCUCUCGUAGUAUUUUGUUUGAAUUUUCUUUUUCUUUUUCUGUUUAAAUUUUCUUGAACAUUCCUAUCUCUGUAUCUUUUUGCUAUAAAUUAGUGCAGAUUCAUACCCAUAAAUGAUUUCAUUGUAUUCUUCUCCUCAAACCCUUUUCCCCAUCUGCUACAAUUACGUAAUCUCAUUAGUCUCUCUCCCCCGUCUGCGACUACCUUUUGUUCUUUUCUUCUUGUAAUUGCUUCCUCUGCUCUUAGCUAAAUCCUCUUGGAAUUUUCCAGCACCCUUCAUCAAAACCCAAAAGCAUAUUUUGGAAUUUUCCCUUUGGCGCCGAGCCGCCCAAACAUUUUCUUUCCCGGGAAAUCCUUGUUUUUUCUCGGCAGCGGAUCUAUCUGAAGAAUCUUCUUUAAAAUACGAGAAAAUGCUUCGAUGUGCGUUCUGGAUUAUCCUGUGCUUCGCGGCCCUUCCGCUGUUCUCGAGCCGGGGGGCUCAGGCGGCGGCGGAGGUAACGUGCUCGGGGAUAGUACCGAUGAGGUACAGGAACGACAAGAUCUCGAUCACGGAUUUCGGGGGUGUCGGAGACGGGCGGACGCUGAACACGAAGGCCUUCAGGGAGGCGAUAUAUAGGAUUGAGCAUUUGAGGAGGAGAGGAGGUACGCUUCUCUACAUACCUCCUGGGGUUUAUCUAACUGGAAGCUUCAAUCUCACCAGCUACAUGACCCUCUACUUGGCUAAAGGUGCUGUCAUUAAGGCUACUCAGGAAACAUGGAGCUGGCCUUUAAUUGCACCCUUGCCUUCUUACGGAAGAGGAAGAGAGCGUCCUGGAGGGAGGUAUAUGAGCUUUAUCCAUGCAGAUGGUGUUCGUGAUGUGAUCAUAACUGGCGAGAAUGGGACAAUUGAUGGCCAAGGGGAUGUCUGGUGGAACAUGUGGAGGCAGAGAACUUUGCAAUUCACUAGACCUCAUCUCAUCGAAUUCAUGCAUUCCAGCAACAUUAUCAUUUCAAAUGUAGUAUUCCGAAAUUCUCCUUUCUGGAACAUUCACCCUGUUUACUCCAGUAAUGUUGUUAUCCGAUAUGUCACCAUAUUGGCUCCGUUUGACUCGCCCAACACUGAUGGAAUUGAUCCAGAUUCAAGCUCCAACGUCUGCAUAGAGGAUUCGUACAUUGCCGUGGGAGAUGAUCUUUUGUCUGUGAAGAGCGGGUGGGAUGAGUAUGGGAUAGCUUAUGGCCGCCCUAGCUAUGGAAUCACCAUUCGGAGAGUGACCGGAUCAUCCCCAUUUUCUGGAAUUGCAGUUGGAAGUGAGACCUCCGGUGGAGUGGGAAAUGUGUUGGCAGAGAACAUAAGCCUUUACAAUAUGGGAGUUGGCAUCAACAUAAAAACAAACAUUGGCAGGGGAGGAACCAUAAAAAACAUUACGAUAUCUGAUGUUUAUCUGGGAAAUGCACGCAAGGGGAUAAAGAUUGCUGGUGAUGUAGGAGAUCACCCAGAUGACAAUUUCAACCCGAACGCCCUCCCAGUCGUUAACGGGAUUGCGAUUAAGAAUGUGUGGGGAGUGAAGGUUCAGCAGCCGGGAUUGAUCCAAGGUCUGAGGAACGCGCCCUUUACCGGGAUUUGUCUCUCUAACAUAAACCUUCAGGGUGUGACAGGACCCGGAGCUAGAAAUACUGACUGGAAGUGCUCUGAUGUUAGUGGGGCUGCCCUGGAGGUCAGCCCUUUGCCUUGUUCAGAACUGACCAGCGCCCAUCAAACUGGUUUGUGUUCAAUUAAUUUUUGAGGUUCAUGUAAUUGUUUCAAUUUAUUCAAGCAAGGAAUAAGUAUCCUGAAAUUUUGGUUAUCCUGUUCAAACUAUAGUUCGUCUCAAAACUAGUCUCAUGUCUGUAUUUUACUGAAUUGAUUAAUGCAACUGCAAAUUGACUUUAUAUGCA